CUAUGGCAAUGUCCUGCAAGGAUGGUAAACCAGGAAUGGACAACGGCAAGUAUGUCCGUUAUACACCUGAGCAGGUUGAAGCCCUCGAGAGGCUUUAUCAUGAAUGUCCAAAACCCAGUUCCAUUCGCCGCCAGCAGCUCAUCCGUGAGUGUCCUAUUCUCUCCAACAUUGAGCCCAAACAAAUCAAAGUUUGGUUCCAGAACAGAAGGUGCAGGGAGAAGCAAAGGAAAGAGGCCUCGCGUCUUCAAGCUGUGAACAGGAAGCUGACAGCCAUGAACAAGCUUCUGAUGGAGGAGAAUGAUAGGUUGCAGAAACAGGUCUCCCAAUUGGUGUAUGAAAAUGGCUACUUCCGCCAACAUACUCAAAACACUACGCUUGCAACCAAAGACACAAGCUGUGAAUCAGCCGUGACGAGUGGCCAACACAGUUUGACAACUCAGCAUCCCCGGGAUGCAAGUCCUGCAGGGCUCUUGUCCAUUGCAGAAGAGACUUUAGCAGAGUUUCUUUCAAAGGCUACUGGGACUGCUGUUGAGUGGGUCCAAAUGCCUGGAAUGAAGCCUGGUCCGGAUUCCAUUGGAAUCGUUGCUAUUUCUCAUGGUUGCACUGGUGUGGCAGCACGAGCCUGUGGUCUAGUGGGUCUAGAACCCACAAGAGUCGCAGAAAUCCUCAAAGAUCGGCCGUCAUGGUUUCGUGAUUGCCGAGCUGUUGAUGUUCUGAAUGUGCUGCCCACUGCAAAUGGUGGAACUAUAGAGUUGCUUUAUAUGCAGCUAUAUGCCCCAACCACAUUGGCUCCUGCUCGAGACUUUUGGUUGUUGCGCUAUACUUCUGUUCUAGAAGAUGGAAGUUUUGUGAUAUGUGAGAGGUCUCUUAAAAAUACUCAAAAUGGUCCAAGCAUGCCUCCUGUGCAGCAUUUUGUGAGAGCUGAGAUGCUGCCUAGUGGUUACUUAAUAAGACCUUGCGAAGGGGGUGGCUCUAUUAUCCACAUUGUUGAUCAUAUGGAUUUGGAGCCAUGGAGUGUGCCAGAAGUGUUACGCCUAUAUGAAUCAUCGACAGUGCUAGCUCAGAAGAAAACGAUGGCAGCCUUACGACAGCUGAGACAAUUAUCUCAUGAGGUAUCUCAGUCCAAUGUCACUGGGUGGGGCAGGCGACCAGCAGCACUACGGGCACUAAGCCAGAGACUGAACCGGGGUUUCAAUGAGGCACUCAAUGGGUUUAGCGAUGAGGGGUGGUCAAUGAUUGGCAAUGAUGGUAUAGAUGACGUAACAAUCAUGGUUAAUUCAUCUCCUGACAAGUUAAUGGGACUUGAUCUUUCCUUUGCCAAUGGAUUUCCAUCUAUCAGUAAUGCUGUCUUAUGUGCCAAAGCAUCAAUGCUAUUGCAGAAUGUGCCUCCAGCAAUUCUCCUAAGGUUCCUACGGGAGCACAGAUCGGAAUGGGCAGACAACAACAUGGAUGCUUACUCAGCUGCUGCCAUUAAAGUUGGUCCAUGCAGCUUACCAGGAUCUCGCGUAGGAAAUUAUGGAGGUCAAGUUAUACUUCCUCUGGCGCACACUAUUGAGCAUGAAGAGUUUCUAGAAGUGAUUAAAUUGGAAGGGUUAGCUCAUUCUCCUGAAGAAGCCAUCAUGCCUAGAGAGGUGUUUCUUUUGCAACUCUGCAGUGGAAUGGAUGAGAAUGCUGUUGGCACUUGUGCUGAACUUAUAUUUGCUCCAAUUGACGCAUCCUUUGCUGAUGAUGCCCCACUUUUACCUUCAGGAUUCCGCAUUAUUCCUCUUGAUUCUGGGAAGGAAGCAUCCAGUCCUAAUCGCACUCUUGAUCUUGCAUCUGCACUUGACAUUGGCCCCACUGGGAAUAAACAAUCCAAUGAUUAUGCUGGAAACUCUGGCUGCAUGAGAUCUGUUAUGACUAUAGCAUUUGAAUUUGCAUUUGAAAGUCACAUGCAAGAUCAUGUUGCAACAAUGGCACGGCAAUAUGUUCGUAGCAUUAUAUCAUCAGUCCAAAGGGUGGCAUUAGCACUUUCUCCUUCACAUCUGAAUGCUCAAGCUGGGCUUAGGUCACCACUGGGUACUCCUGAAGCACAGACACUUGCUCGUUGGAUAUGUAACAGUUAUAGGUGCUACUUGGGUGUGGAGCUACUCAAAUCUAGUAAUGAAGGAAAUGAUUCCAUCCUCAAGUCCUUGUGGCAUCACUCAGAUGCAAUAUUGUGCUGCUCUCUGAAGGCAUUGCCCGUCUUCACUUUUGCAAACCAGGCAGGGCUUGAUAUGCUGGAGACUACCUUAGUUGCCCUGCAAGACAUCGUUUUGGAGAAGAUAUUUGAUGAACAUGGACGAAAAAUCCUCUGUUCCGAGUUUCCUCAGAUUAUACAACAGGGUUUUGCUUGCCUGCAAGGAGGUAUCUGUCUCUCGAGCAUGGGGCGGCCUGUCUCCUACGAGAGAGUGGUGGCUUGGAAGGUGCUGAAUGAGGAAGAGAAUGCUCAUUAUCUGUUUUAUGUUUAUGAACUGGUCCUUUGUUUGAUGUUAUGUCUAGAGACUGAGAAUUGAACAAGUGUUGUAGAUUAUGAAUCACUCUGUACUCUCAAGACCUUGUGUUUUGUUGGUUGUUCUACUGUAUUUAUAUUCCGCCAAGACUUGGAUUUUACAUGAAGACAAUAUGCUAGUUUGUUUAGUUCA